CUCGAUUCUCCGUACAAAACACCUACAUGUCGCUACCGAACAAAUGGCACCUGCGCCGGGUAGCAGAGAACAGCGCCCGAGCCUGCCUUGUCUGCCACAAGCCGUCGACCAGCGUGCUAAUCACGCCAGACAACAAAGACUUUUUCUACGUGUGUCCUGUCCAUCUUAAGGAUCGGAACUUCUGCUCGCCUAUCAUUGAUACAGAGCAGGAGGAGGCGAAGAAGCGCAAGGAAGCGCUGGCCCAGGAAAUCGAGAUGGUGAAGAAGGAGUAUGAGGAGAAGCAGAAGAGGAAAAGGGAAAAGAAAGAAAAGGAAAAAGAGAAAGAAAAAGAAAAGAAAGAUGAAAAGGACAAGUCAGAUUCCAAAGAGAAAGACGGGGAUGGAGAGGAUGAUGCCGCCCUGGAAAAAGAGAAAAACGACAGGAUCGCCGCGGUAAAAGCGGGGGCUGACAAGGAUGAUGACUCUUCUCCUCGCAUCUUUGCGUUGCACAAGAACUUCCAGCAGAUGCGCAUCGACCGGCUGCGCAAUAUCGAGCUGGCGAAACGGAACAUGGAGCGGCUGAGGGAUCCGUCCUUGUUUCCAUCUGUUCCAACGAAGGAGCUGUAGGCUGCUGCAUAGUAGCCAGGCCGGGCAGGACCUUCUUGAUCUUCUAGACGGAAGAUCGAAUCACCACGAUGAUGGUCUCCUGACAGGAUCUGCUGAUAAAUGAUACAUGAUAGUACUGACCAAGAGCCUAUCAUCAAUCAUAAUCGCGUAUACUACCACAUGAAGAAGGAAAAACGACCCGAGGGCGGAAGGCCAUCCAUGAUACGAGUUUGAUGCGUCUACGCCAGGGCUAAGACAUGUGUUCUUGGGCCGGACGAAUCGUAUCGUCUUGUCCAUGCGUACCGCUACUGUAGGUAUGCACUCGUGGAAAUGCAUGUGGGGGGUGGGGGGUU